UAGCUACUAAGUUUCGUCUCUUGUCGAGUUACUAAAAUUUUAUAAAUUAACUACAGACAUGAAAGUACUCUUUGCAUUUUUGGGUUUGGCGACAAUCGUUAGCGCGCAAUUGAAAUAUCCUCAAUAUAAUCCAGAUUACUAUGGACGUCGGUACGCAAUUCUUCGGCAAAACCACGAUCAAAAUAUCGACGGUUCUUAUGCCUACAGUUACGACACGGAGAAUGGUAUAUCUGUAGCAGAGCAAGGGAGCCGAAAAAACUUAGGCGUGGGAGGUGAGGCCGAAGUGGUAAGAGGUCAAUACAGUUACACAGCCCCAGACGGUACUCCGAUCUUAGUGACUUACGUGGCGGAUGAGAAUGGAUUUCAAGCGGCCGGUGCCCACCUGCCAACACCACCACCCAUACCCGUCGCUAUCCAACGAGCCUUGGCCCACAAUGCGGCCCAUCCCGAAGAGGAAGAGCCGUACAACCGAAGAUACUACGGCCAGAAAAAGUAA